AUGUCUGCCGACGAUGUGCUCUACAGCGAGGUGCGAACAGGGACAGCGACUUUCACAUGAGUUAAAGUGAUAGUAGACUUGCGCGGCAUCCAUUGCACUCCCUUUCUGCCUCCCCCUUCCAUGAAUGCGGUGUAAAGAUAGAGUCGAAAAAAACAUGCAAAAGGCGCCACAACAUUCUGGACUCCGGGGCAGGGGGGGGGUUCACAAGUAGUCGCCCCAUCGGUUCAUUUGGUGGUGACUACUUAGCAAUGCUUCGGCCGGCGACAGAUCUUCAUAGACUGUCGUACUGCGUAAGUGAUUACGCUAGCAGUCCUUGCCUCUACUUAACGGUUUAGUCAAUUCUGAUUGCCAUCGUAAAAGUGUUAUCCAAAGCCUUUUUCGUUGGGUAAAUGUUGCCACCCGCCGCGCUGUCUUUUAUGCAGUGCAGGAAAACUAAAUUAUUAUUUGUCCGACGGCUUCACUGUUCAUCCUUGUCAGCCGAUUGCAUGGUCAGGAUCUUCCGGCGGUGAUCAUCAUCAUUUUAGACAUAAUCAAAUUCAAUUUAUUUGCCUCUAUUCCUCUCCUAUCCACAGGAGGACGAAACACGCCGACCGUGGGGUGUUCGUGGGCACUCCAUCACUUCUCACACAGACUUUCACGAGGACGGAAACGAGACCGCGGGCAUGCUAGUCGCCAACGAGAGCACUAGCUGUCCAGACCCCAGAAAUCGCAAGAACCUCACCCUUGAGUUGUCCUCAAAAGGGACGCUGGAGCACCCACUGGGUUCCUGGAGUCCCCCUCUGGACUCUUCUCCCACACAACCCAAUCUCUCAGCCAUCUCAGCAAACGGUGCUGGCGGUGGAGGCGGUAUUGCUGAUGAGGACCUCUCCGCCACCACCUCUGCAGACCUUGCCCCAGCUCGUCGUAACUCCAUCUCAGUGCACUCGAACUCAUCCUCUGUGAGUGUUGGGACUCGCGGCAUUUCACUUCUUGCGCCUGUGCUCAACCGGCAAUUCACGUCUGAAUUAAUGGUCGCCUGGGUCUCGCAGGAUUCCAGCCCUACUGACUGGCUGGGACCGUCUGUCCUAUCGUCCGCGGGACCGACGAAGCUAAAGAGCUCGAAGAAAACGUCUGCCGGUGCUGCCAGCCAGUCGCCGUCCCAC